GCAUGGAGUAGCAUGGAGCGCAUGGAGCGCAGAGCUUUAAGGGGCGCAAGAAGCUCCCCCUUUAGCUCCAUGCUACUCCAUGCGAUCCAUGCACUCCAUGCCGUGCGAGCUGUGAAACCUUAUAAAUUGCUCUGGCCAAUAAGAUGAAUACGGAACAGGAUCAGUAGGUAAACCAGAAGAUGAGGAUGACUUCUGCUAUAAUUCCGACCAUAUCCAUAACCAACCUAGACUAGUAGUACC